UUUGCCACCGUGAAAAGUGGCAUGUCGGACAUUCAGUCCCCAACGGGUUCUCCAGCCGAGUUCUCUGUUGUCCUGAAUGACGAGAAGGUGGAAGGUGUAUGGCUUAAAGACGGGAAAGAGGUGACGGAUAUGAAAGGAAUACAGAUUGUGAAGCAGGGAGCUGUGCACAAACUGAUCUUUGAUAAGGUCGGCGAUGAGCAUGAAGGCAAACAUACCUUCAUGGCCAAAGGAGCAGAGAGUGAAGCUGUGCUGGCCAUUGCAGAUCCUCCCGUGAUUGACCCUAAUGUGUUGGAACUUCUGGGUGCCCACCCAGUGACUGUGAAGGCUGGACACACUGCCACCAUUAAAAUCCCUUUUAAGGGCAAGCCAAUGCCCAAAGCCACCUGGUACAAAGAUGGCAUCGAGAUGAUGGAUGACGAGCGCACCAAACUGGAGAAGGAUUCAGAGAGCACCGUCCUGAUUCUCCACAAGUGCGUGCGGGAGGACAGCGGCGCCGUCAUGCUGCGUCUGAAGAGCGACUGCGGGCACCGCCAUCGCCAACCUGCACCUCAAUGUUGUUGACAAGCCAAAGCCACCGCAAGGGAAGGUUGAGUUUCUCGAGCGGAAAGGCAAGUGCAUUAAGAUGAAAUGGAAGGCCCCUCGAGACCAACGGGGGCAAACAGAUCACCAACUUCAUCAUUGAGCGACGGCUGGUCGGCAAAAAAUCAUGGAUCAAAGUUGGGGAAGUGGACCACACCACCACUUGCUUCACUAAUAACAAGGUAGAAGAAGG